UCAUCGAAUUAUAUAUUUUUUUAAAAAUUUCAAACAUAAUAGUUAUUAAUUAUUGUGAAAUGGUUUCACUAAAACUUGUCAAGUUUAGUUUUUUAUUAUUUUAUGUGAUUUUACACACAAAAGCACGUUCGAUUUUAAAAAAAAUAAUAGAACAAUUGGAUAAUUUACUAAAGUAUCCAGGAUGGAAAAAUUUAAACGAUGUGAGCUACGUAACACGUUAUUGUAAAAAACAAUUUCUUCAAAAUCUAAUAGAAUCGCCAACACAUAAAUAUAAAGGCGAGCAAAAAAUACGAGCCUUGACUAUAUUUCUUGGAUGCACAUAUGCAAAAGUUAUGUAUAAUCUUAUUUCAAUUAUUUUCCACUAUCGACAAAAUUGUGAAAAACUAAUUAAACAAAACAAUGAUAUAAUAAAUGGAUGCAUUUGUACAGAAGAACUGAUAAACAUAAUAGCCACUUUAAUUAUUCCAAUAUCAACAUUGAUGAAAGGAGCCAUGGUCGCUUUAGAUUUAUUACAUAAUGUACCAUGGUCUACUAUUCUAACACAAUCCUAUAUGAUAAGUCCUAUAUUAGAUAGAAUAGGAAACAUUCUUGACAAAUUAAACGAAAAAUCUUUAUCACGUAAUGAUAUAUCUACAUACUAUUGGACAUUAUGUAUUAUAGAUAAAUUUUUUAAAGGUAUAUUUGAAGAUAUAAAUAAUGAAACUAAGUUCUAUUGUGAAUAUGUACCUUAUGAUACGAAUGAUUUAUGGAAUGAAUGGGUUCAAGAAUAUAAAAUCAUUAUUGACCAGGAUGUGAUAUUAGUAUUUUUCAAAUUCUUAACCAUAAAAAUUAAAGAUUAUAUCAAGACAGUAAUUGAAGAAAAGUAUUUUCAACUGGGUUUUAAAUUUAAUCCAAUCAUCGAAGAGACAUUUAUCCCAACACCAGAGGAGAUAAUUGAUUUAGAUUUAGAAUUUAACAACAGAUGAAUAAAUUCCAACGCCAACAGAAAUAGAAACUUAUUAAAUGUUGUUAUAAGAUUAAUUGUUUAUAAUUACAUUAUUACUUUGAAUAUCAUUAAAUUAUUAUUAAAGCAUAAACAUAAAUGAUGAGUCAUACAAUUAUUUGUUGAUUGUACACGUAAAAGUUUAAUAUAAUAUAUAAUAUAUACAGAGUGAUUUUUUUAUCAUAACCCACUCAAUUACUUGCAGAAUAAUAAUAAUUUAAACAUUUUUUUUUUUUAUUAUCUUUAGUUACACAUUAUUCUUGAAUUUUUAACUAUGUAAUACUUUUUAAGUUCAUCCCUUAUGCCUUGGAGGGGGGUCAACUUUGUUUUUUUAAAUGGUAACACAUAUUUUUAAUUUAAUAAAAUGUUUGAGUUUUUAAUUUAAUAGUAAAUGGCAUUUGAAUUUUUAAUAUAACUUUAUUAGCUUAUUAGAUAUAAACAUUUAAAGUUUCAAAAUUUUGAGUUAAUAUACAUGUAUAAUACACAUGGGAUUGUAAAUACAGGUAGCUAAUUGGAUUUUUAUGACAUUGCUGUCUCAGUCACGGAUUGUUUAUUAUCAAUUAUGAUUAUCAAUAGAUAUACUUUCUGUAUUGUCAGUUAGUGUAUUUAUAAACUCAUAACAAUGUGCCUUACUACAAUUGAUAAUAACAAUGCUGUGUACCUGCUAAUAUCGAUGUUAUAAAAAACCAAUUAGCUACCUAUAUUUGUAAUCCCUUGUGUAUUAUACCUGUAUAUUAAUUCAAAAAUUUGAAACUUUAAAUGAUUAUAUCUAAUAAACGAAUUAAGUUAUAUUAAAAAUUCAAAUGCCAUUUACUAUUAAAUUAAAAACUCAAACAUUUUAUUAAAUUAAAAAUAUGUGUUACCAUUUAAAAAAACAAAGUUGACCCCCCUCCAAGGCAUAAGGGAUGAACUUAAAAAGUAUUACAUAGUUAAAAAUUCAAGAAUAAUGUGUAACUAAAGAUAAUAAAAAAAAAAAUGUUUAAAUUAUUAUU